GGCGGGGGGUGGGGUUGUGGCGGUGCUUCGGGUGACAACGGUCAAUAAUGAAGGUGGCUGCGGCGCGGCGGCAGGCUGAGCUGCGCGGGGCGAGGGCGGCGCCGGGGCCGCGCCUGUAGGAGCUCGGGGCCGGCGCGGCGAGAUGGGGCCUGGGCGCGGGGAGUGAGCGGCGGCGGCGGCGGCGGCGAGCGGCACUUGAGCGCGGAGGGGCUCUCCGGCUUCCCCCCCUGGCCCGUCGGCCUCCACCUGCAGCCCCUCGGCGCCCCGCGGGACCGGGACGGCACCGGCGGGGGCAUGUGGCGCUGGGUCCGGCAGCAGCUGGGUUUUGACCCACCCCAUCAAAGUGACACAAGAACUAUUUACAUAGCCAACAGAUUUCCUCAGAAUGGCCUUUACACACCUCAGAAAUUUAUAGAUAAUAGGAUCAUUUCAUCUAAGUAUACUGUGUGGAAUUUUGUUCCAAAAAAUUUAUUUGAACAAUUCAGAAGAGUGGCAAACUUUUAUUUUCUUAUUAUAUUUUUGGUUCAGCUUAUGAUAGAUACACCUACCAGCCCAAUUACCAGUGGACUUCCGUUAUUCUUUGUGAUAACAGUUACUGCCAUAAAGCAGGGUUAUGAAGAUUGGUUACGACAUAACUCAGAUAAUGAAGUAAAUGGAGCUCCUGUUUAUGUGGUUCGAAGUGGUGGCCUUGUAAAAACGAGAUCAAAAAACAUUCGGGUGGGUGAUAUUGUUCGAAUAGCCAAAGAUGAAAUUUUCCCUGCAGAUUUGGUGCUUUUGUCCUCAGAUCGACUUGAUGGUUCAUGUCAUGUUACAACUGCCAGUUUGGAUGGAGAAACUAACCUUAAGACCCAUGUGGCAGUUCCAGAAACAGCAGUAUUACAAACAGUUGCCAACUUGGACUCUCUCUUAGCUGUGAUUGAAUGCCAGCAGCCAGAAGCAGACUUGUACAGAUUCAUGGGACGAAUGAUAAUAACACAACAUAUGGAAGAAAUUGUAAGACCACUGGGGCCAGAGAGUCUCUUGCUUCGUGGGGCCAGGUUAAAAAACACGAAAGAAAUUUUUGGUGUUGCCAUAUAUACCGGAAUGGAAACAAAGAUGGCAUUAAAUUACAAAAGCAAAUCACAGAAGCGAUCUGCAGUAGAAAAGUCAAUGAAUACCUUUUUAAUAAUUUACCUAAUAAUUCUUAUAUCUGAAGCCAUCAUCAGUACUAUCUUGAAAUACACAUGGCAAGCUGAAGAAAAAUGGGAUGAACCUUGGUAUAACGAAAAAACAGAACAUCAAAGAAAUAGUAGUAAGAUUCUGAGAUUCAUUUCAGAUUUCCUUGCUUUUUUGGUCCUCUACAAUUUCAUCAUCCCAAUUUCAUUAUAUGUGACAGUCGAAAUGCAAAAAUUUCUUGGAUCAUUUUUUAUUGGCUGGGAUCUUGAUCUCUAUCAUGAAGAAACAGAUCAGAAAGCUCAAGUCAAUACUUCUGACUUAAAUGAGGAGCUCGGACAGGUGGAGUAUGUGUUUACAGACAAAACUGGUACACUGACAGAAAACGAAAUGCAGUUUCGGGAGUGUUCAAUCAGUGGCAUGAAAUACCAAGAAAUCAAUGGUAGACUUGUUCCCGAAGGACCCACGCCAGACUCCUCAGAUGGGAACCUGUAUCUCAGUAGCUUAUCCCAUCUUAACAACUUAUCCCACCUUACGACUAGUUCCUCUUUUAGAACCAGUCCUGAAAAUGAAACUGAAAUAAUCAAAGAACAUGGCCUCUUCUUUAAAGCAGUCAGUCUCUGCCACACGGUGCAGAUCAGCAAUGUUCAGGUGGAUGGCAUUGGCGAUGGGCCCUGGCAGUCCAACCUGGCGCCUACCCAGCUCGAGUACUAUGCAUCCUCCCCAGAUGAAAAGGCUCUGGUGGAAGCUGCUGCAAGAAUUGGUAUUGUAUUUGUUGGCAACUCUGAAGAAACUAUGGAAGUUAAAAUACUUGGAAAACUAGAACGGUAUAAGCUGCUUCAUGUUCUGGAAUUUGAUUCAGAUCGCAGGAGAAUGAGUGUAAUUGUAGAGGCACCUUCAGGUGAGAAGUUACUAUUUACUAAAGGAGCAGAAUCAUCAAUUCUUCCUAAAUGUGUAGGUGGAGAAAUUGAAAAAACUAGAAGUCAUGUGGAUGAAUUUGCUUUGAAAGGGUUAAGAACUCUGUGUGUGGCCUAUCGACAAUUUACACCAAAAGAGUAUCAGGAAAUCGACAGACUCCUAUUUGAAGCUAGGACUGCUUUGCAACAGCGUGACGAGAAAUUGGCAGAUGUCUUCCAGUUCAUAGAGAAAGAUCUGAUAUUACUCGGGGCAACUGCAGUAGAAGAUAGAUUACAAGAUAAAGUUCGAGAAACUAUUGAAGCAUUGAGAAUGGCCGGUAUCAAAGUCUGGGUACUCACUGGAGAUAAACACGAAACAGCUGUCAGCGUGAGUUUAUCAUGUGGACAUUUUCACAGAACCAUGAACAUCCUUGAACUUACUAACCAGAAAUCAGACAGCGAAUGUGCUGAACAAUUGAGGCAGCUUGCCAGAAGAAUUACAGAGGAUCAUGUGAUCCAGCACGGGCUGGUAGUGGAUGGGACCAGCCUAUCUCUUGCACUCAGGGAGCAUGAAAAACUCUUUAUGGAAGUUUGCAGAAAUUGCUCAGCUGUAUUAUGCUGUCGUAUGGCACCACUGCAAAAAGCAAAGGUAAUAAGACUGAUAAAAAUUUCUCCUGAGAAGCCUAUCACGUUGGCGGUUGGUGAUGGUGCUAAUGAUGUAAGCAUGAUACAAGAAGCACAUGUUGGCAUAGGAAUCAUGGGUAAAGAAGGAAGACAAGCUGCAAGAAACAGUGACUAUGCAAUAGCUAGAUUUAAAUUUCUGUCCAAAUUGCUUUUUGUUCAUGGUCAUUUUUAUUAUAUUAGAAUAGCCACCCUUGUACAGUAUUUUUUUUAUAAGAAUGUGUGCUUUAUCACACCCCAAUUUUUAUAUCAGUUCUACUGUUUGUUUUCUCAACAAACACUGUAUGACAGCGUGUACCUGACUUUAUACAAUAUAUGUUUUACUUCCCUGCCUAUUCUGAUAUAUAGUUUACUGGAACAGCAUAUAGACCCUCAUGUCCUACAGAGCAAGCCCAGCCUCUAUAGGGAUAUUAGUAAAAACCAUCAACUAAGCAUUAAAACCUUUCUUUAUUGGACCAUCCUGGGUUUCAGUCAUGCCUUUAUUUUCUUUUUUGGAUCCUAUUUUUUAUUAGGGAAAGAUAUAUCUCUGCUUGGAAAUGGCCAGAUGUUCGGGAACUGGACGUUUGGCACCUUGGUCUUCACCGUCAUGGUCAUAACUGUCACAGUAAAGAUGGCUUUGGAAACUCAUUUUUGGACAUGGAUCAACCAUCUUGUUACCUGGGGCUCUAUUGCAUUUUAUUUUAUAUUUUCUUUGUUCUAUGGAGGGAUUCUCUGGCCUUUUGUGGGCUCCCAGAAUAUGUACUUUGUAUUUAUUGAGCUCCUAUCAAGUGCUUCUGCCUGGUUUGCCAUAAUCCUCAUGGUUGUUACAUGUCUUUUUCUUGAUGUUGUGAAGAAAGUAUUUGACCGACAGCUUCAUCCUACAAAUACUGAAAAGGCACAGAUGGAAGAAGAUAAGGGUUCAGUCAGCUCAGCAUAUGAAUUUGCUGAAGGCGAGCACAGAGGGGAGGACAGUGGGCACCUGCUAGCUGAGGCUUGUUCUUGCGUGACUAGCUUACUGAAACAAAUUCAAGUAUCAAAUGCUUGGACUCCAUGUGCUGUUUCUCAGAAGGAGAAACAGCGUGCGCGUCUGUUGGAAGAAUGCUGGAACGAGUUAUAGGACGAUGUAGUCCCACCCAUGUCAGCAGAUCAUGGCGUGCAGCGGAUCCUUUCUAUACCAACGACAGGAGCAUCCUGACUCUCUCCACCAUGGACUCAUCUACUUGUUAAAGGGGCAGUAGUGCUUGGUGGGAGCCUCCUUGUUAAAAUUGAGUGUGAUCAUCCUGGCCAUGGCCACUCUGGCUCCGCAGAACAGCUUUCCAAACCCUGGAGUAGCUCAGAUCUACUCUGAAUUAUAAUGGCAAACCAACCAAAAACAGUCACGUGAACUCAUCUCAGCCCCCCCCAGUUUUAAUCUGAGUAUGUUAAAAUUUAUGACUAAGAACCGGGAAGAUGGCUCGAAGGGCCGAAGUGCAUGCUUUCAUGCAAGGAGGCCGCGGGUUUCAUCCCCCAGCACCACCCGGGGUUCCCAGCACACCGCUAGGAGCAACCCCCCCCACUCCUACCCCAAGCACCACUGUAUAUGCCCUGCCCCAAAAGAAGCAAGAAAUAAAAAAAUAAAAUUUAUGAAUGAGGAGAUAUUUUUCCAUCAUUAUGUCUGGGUUGCCCUCUGUGCGAAUGGGACUCCUGAGGCAUUUCAGCCUCUUACCAAGGCCACUAUAUUUUAAUAUCACAGUAGGAAAAAGAGAUGAUUCCUAGUUAACUGUAUUUUUUAGUAUUAGCUUGGUUACUGAAUCUUAUAUUUAAAUCUGCUUCUGUAAAUGAUGCUGAAAAGUUUGCCAUGAAAACUCUAUUUUUUUAUUAGAGUUAUAUUUGAGACUUUUCAUGGGAAAAGUUACUGUGAAUAGUAAGAAAUUUUGGUCCCUCAGUGGCCCGUGUUGUUAAUUUAUUAGUGCUUUUUAAGUUCACGGAUUAGAAUGUAUUUCCAAGUAUUACUGACUGUACUGUGGGUAGUAAAUACAUACCAAGACCAAACGUCUCUAAAUUUACUAUAUCACAUCUAGUAAUCAUUAUAUACCAAAGUAUACCCUAUCUGAUCUGUAAAAUCAGGAAUCAAGUCCGUUUGCCAAAUUUCAAAUUGAUGUUAACGAAUAUUUUUGUGACAAAUAUGAAGGACCUCUAUGAGUAAACUCGAUAUCAUUAGUGUGUUGUUAUUUAACCUGUUCAUCAUUGACCUUUUUGCAUGCUUUAAUCUGGUUAAUAUAUUUCAAUUUGCUUUUCUUCCCUGUGUCUGAAAGCUCUGUUUAUAGUAUUCGUUGACACUUGUUGUAAAGUUCAGCUCUAUCAAUAAAAAACAAGUUUGGACAGUAUUUAAAUAUUGCAAAUACUUUUAAUUCUACAAAUCAAAUAUGAGGGCAGUUACAUCCGUGCAGAAGAGCAGAGCCACCCCCUGCAUGCGGAGUGGCACUUCCCUUCCGGUCAGCCAGACCAGCAGGAAGACCUGCAGGGAAGAGCCUGGCCGGUGAGCACCCCCGGGAGCUCCAGCCGCAGGCCUGGCUAGAGAAUAGGAAUGAAACAGCCUCAGACGGAAAUGUCACGGGGGCAACCGCAGCAAUAAAUUAAAAUGCCCAGAAGGAUCGAGUACAUACAUUGCAGUAAUUAAUGUUCUCCUUUAAUACUUAAUUUCCUGCCUCGAUUUAUUAUGUAUCUCUGUUGCCAUUUGUUUCCCUUAAAAGGUAAUAUUUUUGCAUUUCAGAAAUGAUUAUUGAUUUAAGAACUAUUACCCAGCUCUAAGUACGUGAUGAUUUAUAUGUGUCUAUAUGUGUACUUUGUUUGCUUUUGGAUCACACCGGGCAGUGCUCGAGGAUCACUUCUGGCCAGGUGGGGUGCUGGGAAUCGAACCCGGGCACAUUUUUCAUGUCUGGAAAUGGUGAUAGGCAGUUUUGCCAAAAUUUUCCCUUAAGACUAGAAUUCUGGGCCAGAGAGUGAGUACAGAGGGCCAGGCACUUGCUUUGCAUGCAGCUGACCCCAUUUCGAUUCUUGGCACUGCACAUGGUUCCCUGGGCCCUGCCAGGGGUGUUCCCUGAGCACACCCAGUCAGAGCCCAGCCCCACCUGUAAAAAAGUUUUUUUAAAGAAUAGAAUUGUUUUUGGUAGAUCUAGUGCACAGUCCUCUACCACUCAAAUAUUAGCCUUCUGGAGUCAGAGGGCAUAGUAUAGUGAGUGGGUAGGGCACUUGCCUUGUACAAGGUCAAUCCAGGUUUGAUCCCCAGCAUCCCAUAUGGUCCCCCAAGCACUGCCAAGAGUAAUUUCUGAGUCAAGAGCCAGAAGUCCCUGAAGACAACUGGAUGUGCCCCCCCACCCACCUCUCUCUCUCUCUCUCUCCCUCUCUCCCUCUCUCUCUCACUCACACAUACACACAUAAAUAUUAAGUCUUUUGGAAUUGAGCUGAUAGGGAAAGAAUGGUAAAGAAUUAAAAUUUUAUUUCUACUAAUAAAUACCAUUUAAAAAUAGUAAGCAGCCAUUUCAGCCUAAAUAAUUUUCAUAAGCAGCCUUCUUGUGCAUUCCAAAAUCUAAGAAGAUAUGAAUAUUCUGGUAAUAGAUUAAAGAGGUAAUAAAAUAUACUGUAUGCAAUCAGAAAGGAAUGACAGAAAAUUACUCAGAAGAGUAAUUGAGAAUGUGGAACCUGAUCUUUCUUAGACUAUCUCAUAAAAUGUACUUACACAAAAUGACAUUCGGUGGCCUUCCUUGCAUCUCUGCCUUACAGUGUUCACUUACCAUCAGCUUACUGACAACCGAUACGAAAGGACGACAAAGCCAUUGAGCAGUCUCGGCCACUAGCCUGGAGGCUGCUUCUCGUGUGGCACUGUCAUUUUCUGCACGCACCAUUUGAAAUUACUAGAAAUUUUUAUGUCUAGAGAAAAGAAGUGGUAUAUAUGCUGAUAAGCUUAUCAGACUUUGCUCUUCAAAACCAACUUCCGUUAAGAAGGUUAUCUUGAAAUUGUAACAAGGGGAUGUCUUCUGUUUAUUUAUGAAAGUGAAAGGUGAUGUCUAUAAGCUCUCAGUAGUUGCCUGGUGCUGGAGUCCCUAUUGUAAGACUGUUCUAACAGAAUGUGAAAAACUCCCCUUUGCAUAUUUCUUAAAUACUUCGAGCAGCACAUGUUGAUCAUUAAUUAUUUCUUACCUGCCCGAGCCCACAUGAGUUAGGACUAGUUUAUUUGGUGCUCUCAGAUCUAUUUGCCUAAUCUGAAAGCCCGGUAGCCCUGAAGAUAAUAGCAAGCACCGAACCAGGUUCAGAACCUCCCUCCAGCCUCCGUACCAAGCCCCAGCAUCAGGCGCAUCGAGGAGUUGAGUGUGGACCCAAAGUGCAACAAGAAAGUGGACCAUCCGAAUUUCUCUUAGCUUACCCUCCUCCUGGAGUCCUGGUCUCCGCGCUACCCGAAGGAUUCAGAGACCUGGACCAAAUGGGGACAUUCACCUGUUAGGAAAUAACUUGACUCGGACAAGAAGCAGACUGUGAAUCUGAGCUCGCGUGAUGAGCUUGAGACACUCCUGUUUCACAGGCUCACAUCAGGUGAAAUAUUUCCCGUUAAUACUGAAAACCUUAAAAAUAUGCUAACUAACUCUGAAAAGUUAUUGGCCUGGGGGAAAUCAUCCGUGUUUGUUUUUCCUGUUACUAUUAAAUGGGAGUAUGCCAGAAGUAGGUGUGAAUAAAACUGAAACUACA